AAACUCAUAUCCCAGGCAUAUGAAGUGCUUUCAGAUCCAAAGAAAAGGGACAUUUAUGACCAGGGUGGAGAACAGGCGAUUAAAGAAGGAGGUUCAGGUGGUCCCGGCUUCUCUUCACCCAUGGACAUCUUUGACAUGUUCUUUGGUGGUGGAGGACGGAUGACUAGAGAGAGAAGAGGCAAGAAUGUUGUGCAUCAGUUGUCAGUAACUCUUGAAGACUUAUAUAAUGGAGUCACGAAGAAAUUGUCCCUCCAGAAAAAUAUAAUUUGUGAGAAAUGUGAAGGCAUUGGCGGGAAGAAGGGGUCAGUGGAGAAGUGCCCGCUGUGCAAGGGGCGGGGCAUGCAGAUCCACAUCCAGCAGAUUGGGCCGGGCAUGGUGCAGCAGAUCCAGACCGUGUGUGUCGAGUGCAAGGGCCAGGGUGAGCGCAUCAACCCCAAGGACCGCUGCGACAGCUGCAGUGGCGCCAAGGUCAUCCGCGAGAAGAAGAUUAUCGAGGUCCACGUGGAGAAAGGUAUGAAAGAUGGGCAAAAGAUACUGUUUCAUGGAGAAGGAGAUCAGGAGCCUGAGCUGGAGCCUGGUGAUGUCAUAAUUGUGCUUGAUCAGAAGGAUCAUAGUGUCUUUCAGAGACGAGGCCAUGACUUGAUCAUGAAAAUGAAAAUUCAGCUUUCUGAAGCUCUUUGUGGCUUCAAGAAGACGAUAAAAACACUGGAUGAACGAAUUCUUGUUAUUACAUCCAAACCAGGGGAGGUAAUAAAGCAUGGGGACCUGAAAUGUGUGCUCAAUGAAGGAAUGCCGAUCUACAAAGCACCCCUGGAAAAAGGGACGCUGAUUAUACAGUUUUUAGUAAUCUUUCCUGAAAAACACUGGCUUCCUCAAGACAAGCUUCUUCAUCUGGAAGCUUUACUCCCUCCUCGACAGAAAGUGAGGAUUACAGAUGACAUGGAUCAGGUGGAGCUGAAGGAGUUUAACCCCAGUGAGCAGAACUGGCGCCAGCACAGGGAGGCCUAUGAGGAGGACGACGACGGGCCACGGGCUGGAGUGCAGUGCCAGACAGCAUGACAUGCACGGGGCAGCGUGGCCCACCAGACUAGCACAUGAUGAAUGUAAAGUUGGCACAAUGAAAUGGCAUCGCUUUAAUGGCCUCGUGUUUGGGGUGUCCUGUGUAUGUGUUCAGCAUUCUGAUUGCUGAGUGUCUUUUUGGCUUUUCUAUUGUUUUUCUUUUGGUUGUAACUUAAGUUAUAGCUUAAUUUAUAUUUAAAUGUUUUAAGUGUAAAAUCACCUCUAGUCUGCAUAUGGAAUCUGUUCGUUUACAUUUUCAGGAUGUACUUUUGAGUGAUCGCACUGACCCUUUGUGCUUCUAGUGGCUCUGCCAUAAUUCAGUUCCACCAAUAAAGCACAGCCCAGAUAGCAGCACUCAGCCCCCUAGCAAACCCCAAGGCACAAAGUGGGCAUCCUGGCCCAUCUCUAGGUCUGCAGUUUCUCUCUCCUCCCUCCCCUGGCAGAGUUAAUGAGGGCAUGAUCUCAGGGCUGCUAAUGUGGCAUUUCUAAAUCUAGAUUCUAGACGAUCCUCUUAAAGAAUAAAAGCACAUCUGUGGACUGGACUUGGCUCCAGGCGUCUGGUUCACAGUGAGCAGGCUGCACUCCUGGAGUCACAGGGCCAACUUAGUUCCUGCUUGUUCUGUGCCCUUGAGUGGUAAGAAUGGGGUGUGAGUGUAUCUCAUCAUCUCCCUUGGAUAUUUUCUGAACCUUCAAGUCCUGUGGGGAGGACAAACGAGUGUUUUAAAUGAUACAUCGAUAAAACUGUUUGCCUGUGACCCCUGCAACUUGUUCUUUGUGUUUUUAAUGAUUUUGUCUUGGCAACUUUUGCAGUGCUCUCCCACCAAAGUGCUUACUUGUAAAGAAAACUAAACUCUUCCGUGGCCCCAGCAGCUUCAGUGCAACAGAGGCCAACGGAGAAUGCUGGUGGUUUGGCCCCACGGCACAGCCAGCUUCUCUGACCAGUGAUCCUGAAUGAUUUGAGGGUCUGGAAAGGCAUAGGACUUCGCGGUGUCUUCCAGCUCAUUCUCCCAGAUUCAGCUCCCUUCCAAAGAAUCGUUCCUCUCAUUGCACAGCCAUAUUUUUACAGAGGGCUUCCUGCUCAAGUGAUGUUCUGUUGGGAACUGCACUGAGUUCUACUAUGGACUACAGUUCGUAUGGACUACCACUGUAAAUUAUUGGAGGGAUAUGUCAUUAUUUUAUUCCUGGCAGGCAGACAAUUUGAACUUAGGGUUACCUCAACCUUUAGCCAUACUACUCAUUUCUUUUCUACAAGUCAUGAAGAAAAAUUGCUAUUUUCUAAGCUGCUGGGUUAAAGCAGAGGCCACCUGUCAGAUCCACCCUUACUUCAUUAGAUGGUACCUGAGAGUUGGGCUCAGACCAUGGACCUCCCCUGGGAGUCAAAGGGCAGAUCGGACCCAUAGCAGGUAGAGUGAGCUAGCUGGAUGGACCAGGCUCCUGCAGAACAUUGCUGGCUAGCGGGACCUGAUUUGCUCAACGUAUAGAAAGAACCCAUCUGUGCCUCCUUUGACCAUUGGUCAGGAUAGACAAAACCAAUUCUUCCAACUAAGCCUACGUGAAAAUCAAUUUAUGAAUGGACCACAACUGCAGGGUGUUGUUUCUGUGCUGUAACUUACUAAUAACUGCUAAUGAACUAUUGUUUAGUUGGUGAUGGAGCAAAAUUACAUUCAGCUCCUCCUUGCCAUGUAAGUGGAAUUUGGAGGGUGUUGCUUAAAAUUUUAUUCCACCUGUACAUUUGUCACUUUAAAAUUAAAACUGAGCUAGUAUGAGA